AUGGCGACAGGACUGUUCGCGUCGUUGCCAAAGCCAAAGUACACCGGCGAACAUGAAGAAGUUCCACUCCACGCACAACCGAAGGGACCCCGAAUUGUUGGACCGGGCGUCAUCGAUGAAUCCCAGAUCGUAUUGAAGCGCCCUGGACCCCCUCCCUACGGCCAACGAUCAGGGUGGCGACCGCGCUCGGCAGAGGACUUUGGCGACGGCGGUGCGUUCCCUGAAAUCCCCGUCGCACAGUACCCGCUCGACAUGGGCCGGAAGGGGACAUCAUCCACCUCCAACGCUCUAGCGAUCCAGGUCGACGCCGAGGGCAAGGUGAAAUACGACGCGAUAGCACGACAAGGACACAGCGAGAGUCGAAUCAUCCACUCUAGUUUCAAGGAUUUGAUCCCACUGCGCCAGCGCGCUGAUGCGGGAGACAUCAAUCUCGACCGCCCGACCCAAGAAGAAGCACAAGCGACGGCCGAACGCACGAAACAAGCCCUCGAGAAACUCGUGUCCGGCGCCGUGGCAGCGCAACGACCGAAAAACGUAAAGGGCGUCAUCAGAGAAGAACCUACGUACGUGCGCUACACCCCUGCCAACCAGAUGGGCGACACGUCCAAGAAGAACGACCGCAUCUUCAAAAUCGUCAAGAGGCAAGAAGAUCCCAUGGAACCGCCGAAGUUCAAGCACAAGAAGAUUCCUCGUGGUCCCCCCUCGCCACCGCCGCCCGUGAUGCACUCACCGCCGCGCAAAUUGACGGCGGAAGACCAAGAAGCCUGGAAGAUCCCCCCGCCCAUCAGCAACUGGAAGAACCCCAAGGGGUACACCGUGCCACUGGACAAGAGACUAGCAGCAGACGGGCGAGGUCUCCAGGACGUGACGAUCAACGACAAGUUCGCCCAGUUCGCCGAGGCGCUCUUCACCGCGGACCGCCACGCGCGAGAGGAAGUCCGGCUCCGGGCUCAAAUGCAGCAGAAACUGGCCGAGAAAGAGAAACUCGCAAAGGAGGACCAUCUGCGCGAGAUGGCGCGCAAGGCAAGGGAGGAAAGGCAGCGGAACAACAACGACUCUGGCCCUUCCCGCCGGUCGCGGUCGAGGUCAAGGUCGCGUUCGAGAUCAUAUGAUUCCGACUCGUCUGGCGGUCGCUCGCGAAGCGCUUCCGAGGACGACGACCACGAUGAAUCCGCACGGCAACGAGAACGCGCGCGCCGCGAACGGCGCGCCGAGAACGAGCGCCAGCUCCGGCAGUCGCGCAUGGGCACCGAGAAACGCAUGCAGAUGCUGGCGCGCGAACAGAACCGCGACAUCUCCGAGAAAGUGGCGCUGGGCCUCGCGAAACCCACGCAGAAUAAAGAGACCAUGUACGACUCCCGCCUGUUCAACCAGACGAGCGGCUUCGACAGCGGGUUCAACGAGGAUCAGGCGUAUGACAAGCCCCUCUUUGCAGCACACGACGCGAUCAAUUCGAUCUACAGACCUACCGCGGGUGGGGCGGGCGACGAGGAGGAAUACGGUGAUGACGCUGCAGCCGGGGAAAUGGGCAAGAUCAGCAAGAGUAAUCGGUUUGAAGUGCUGGGGCGGGCAAAGGAGGGGUUCAAGGGCGCCGAUGUGGCGGAGCGGGAGGCCGGGCCGGUGCAGUUCGAGAAGGACAAGGACGAUCCGUUUGGGAUUGAUAGUCUUAUUGGCGAGGAGAGGGAUAGAGUGAGAGGCAGUGAGGAUUCCGCUGGGAAAGGGAAAGGGAAGAAGAGAUAUGGACUCGAGACGGGUGAGGAUAGGGAGCGCGACGAACGAGACGAGAGGAGGAAAAGGGCUAGAGUGGAUGAUGAUUAA